AUGUCCUUUACUUUGCAGACCCGGGGUUUUGAAAAGCACAAGUGCAUGGUUGGCAUGCAGCGCCCUUUAUGCAAACGGACAGGUUUGUGCAAAGAGGCUUGCUCCUUUUGUCGACAAUACAUGCAUCUAAAUGUGGCAGAGGGGAAGCCUGAUCUUGGACAGGUUGAACACGCUACCGUCGCUUUAUUGGUGAAGUGGACGCUGAACGGCUACCAGAGGACGCUGAAGGGCUACCAGUGUAUGGCCAUGGCACGAGAUUCAGUGCUGCUUGCCAUUGAGUGCUGCUCUAUGCCUUCGCAUUUCACCAUCGAGGAGGCCUUGAACCUUUGA